AUGAACUCACUCUUGUCAUGUUUCGCCCUAAUUGGCUUCGGGCAGCUGUCCUUGGCCACGACGCUAUAUAACGGCGCGCAAAAACAGCUUUUCUCGUCUAAUAUCACCGAUGCCUGCGACGCUGCGUCCAAUACCACCAUCGACUGCCCAGAGAAUGUUAUCCAAUAUGUGACAUACCCUAUUCAGUCCGUCAAUUGGAACUCCUCGUGGAUGAACGACUUGUGUACAAGCGAAUGCAAGUCAUCUUUGGCAGCAUUAGCCACAGCUGUAGACACCAAUUGCAAAGACACCUUCAUUGUGGAUAACCAAGAUUGGACCUUUCCAUACUUCAUGAGUCAUUUUGAAUACAAAUACGAUCUCAUCUGCUUGGCCGAUGAGAGCACAAACGAGUUUUGCCUGGACGUGGAAGCCAGUUGGAAUAUCACUGCGAUGAUGCUCCUGGAUGAAGCCAGCUGGCCUACUUACACAAACAAGUGCUAUUAUGAUGCUUCAGAGGGUUACUGGGAAUACGUGGUGGACGUAGAUGGCACGUGUCUCAGCCCCUUCGACUUUACAUUCGAGAACGCGAGCAGUAUGGCUGGGCUAGGGAAGAUGGAAGCCCUGGACUACUACGUUACCAGACCUGAUCCUAUUGAUGACGACAACUACGGUUGGCAGAAAUUUAGAUACGGGUUGGAGUCCCCUUGGGGAGAUGUCUGGGAGUAUGGUCAUCAUUCUUUGCCAUUUGCGACCUCGACUGACAUUAUCAACAGUAACCUCACUGCACAGAUUUGGACUAAUAUGCAGGCGAACUGUGGGUGGAGCAACAUGACCAUAAGCCCUGCCAAUGAUUACUCUGCCUAUGAAACUGCUGAUAUCAUAUUGGACACCGAUCCUGGCCCAGUCACCGAUGUCUGUCCUCAGACAUUGAACAUCACCGGAUCCAUGAACAUGACAUGUCAAGAAGCCACCGUGUACUUCCAAGUACCUUCGGCCGGACUGAUGAACCUCAACAAUGAUUUGAACUGCAUGACACUGAUCAACCGCACAAUAUGCGCGCCCUUGUCUUGCCCAAUUAGUACAGUUGAAAUUGACAACAACAUCAUUACUGUUGCUGAGUGGGUUGCGCGGUAUGCGAAUUUUACUCUUACGCAGUUUCUGACCUGGAACCCAUACAUUGGACUGAGCAUUAUGGCGAACGGAGAUACGGUGUGCUCUGGUCCUCCUGGUGGUGCUUAUGUUGUGCCCUCCGCUACUGCUUCGGUGCAAACGAUAUAUACCACAGCAGCAACCCCGACAAGUCCUGUUCCUUCUGGUACCACUGCUGAAUGCGGCCUAUACUAUACGGUCACAAGUGGUGAUGACUGUGCUUUAAUCUGCGAAGCAUACAGUCUAACACUAGACCAAUUCAAGUUAUUAAACCCUUCGAUUAAUGCCACUUGCGGCAAUCUGCUAGCAGGUGAUGAUUAUUGUGUUGCGCCUGUUAAUGGAACCUAUGUCACAACGACGACACCAACAGCUACCAUUUCCACCACCGCAAGUUUUGUCACUCCUCCGAGCGCGACCGUCACCGGCACCACCUCCGAGUGCUACCAAUAUUACGAAGCGCAGGCCGGCGACGGCUGCGACAGUAUCGAGUCCAAGUACGGGCUCACUCAGGCCGAAUUCAUCGCUCUGAACACAUACAUCGAUUCUUCUUGCAGUAAUCUAUGGCCGGGCUAUAGCUACUGUGUAGCGGGAAUUCCCCUUGCUAACAUUAGCAGUAGCAUAACAGCUACCGCCACGACGACGACAACGACGACGACCGGUGAGGUUACCACCCCAACACCAACUCAAACGGGCAUGGUCACCGGUUGUACCAGUUUCUAUAAGGCGCAGUCCGGGGAUGGAUGCUGGGCGAUUGCGGUGGAUCAUGGAAUCACACAGGCUGAGUUUAUUGAAUGGAACCCGGAUGUAGGAUCGGACUGUAGUGGUCUCUGGCCGGACUACUACUACUGUGUUGCUGUUUAG